AUGAUUUUUUUUUUAAUUAUAAUCUCUAUUGAUUAAUUUUAAGCUAUAAGAAAUAUAGCCAUCACUUUGGGUCCAUUAACUUAAUAAUCUACUACAUAUGUAAUUUAUUAAGAUGAGCAAAUUAAUUAAUAAUUUAGUUUGAAGGAGACUCGUUGGAAUAAUUGUUCACCAUUGGAUUUAUUAUACAUAAAAUCAAAUAUAAAUUAACAAAUUACAUACACUCCCUUAAAUAUAAUAAACACAGGAGAUUAAGAUAUAAUUAUUGAUUCAUUAAGCCUUACUACUUUGAAAGGCUAGGCUUUGAAGAUAACACUAAGUAAAUUUUAUUUAAUUUAGAUAAUACUAAUAACAUUGUAGUCUAAAAAAAAGGAGUGGAGAUAAUAAAUAUUCAAUAUAUAUGUGAAAAGAAAUUAACAAAGGAAAACUACUGGGCUGUAAUUGAAAUUACUCUUAAAAUAUCCAAUCAAUCUUUGAAAUUUUCAUAUUAGUAUAUUUGUGAUCCUAAUUUCCAUCCAAAAAGAUUUGAUUGGAGCUAUUUGAUUUUAAUAGUAACAAUGUCUACAUUUGUACUAUUUCUAUCAAGAUAAUAAAAAUUAAGUGCAUUUAAAAUUACCUAUUAUGAUAAAUUGAAUAAUAAAAAUGUUGUUGUCUUUCAAGGAUUUCAUUUAGGUUUGAAAAGUGCUAUUAUAUAUAAUUCUGUAUUUGGUAUAGGUGUAACCGCAGCUUAUAUUUUUUAAAAAACAGUAGAAGAUUUAGAAGAAAAUUUAGUUAGAUGUUUUUGCUUAAUAUUUGGAUUUAUUUUAAUUAGCGAAGUUAAUUUUGUUAUAUAAUUUAGCUAUGUUAUAAAAUGAAAUUUUUAAAAAUUAGAAUAGUUUCCAUCCUAAGAGCUUGUGAUAUCAUAGGAUUACUUGUGUCUAUUGUAACUUUACAUUUAUAUGUAGAUAAUAAUGAACCUUGGAUUGUAUUAAAAUAACAAUUUAUUAUUUGUAGAUUAGUAAUUUAUUAACUAUCUAUUUGGUUGGUACUUCAAUCAAAUUAUUUAAAAUAACAAGUUUAAAAAAUGGAUUACACUUUUUUAUUCCAUGCAUAAUUAUGGAUAUUCUGUUUUCAAUUUAUGGUAGCUUAUUUGUACGUUAUGAAUGGGAUAGUCUUGUUAUGAAAUAUUUUAAUACUCCUCUUACUGCUUAGUUUCCAUACUUCUAUCCUAUCUAUAAAAAAAAAUGUGGAUGGCUGUCCAUAACAUCUAUAUUAUUUCCAGCGUUUUUCCUUGCUUAUGCUCAUCGAGUUGAUCGAUUUAAAGAUUCCAUUAUAUAUAGAUUAAUAUCCUACAUAGGUUUGUAAGUUGGCUUAACCUUAUGGUUCACAUUUUCAUCCCUUUAUUCAAUUCCUUUGCCAGUUUCAUCAUUUACUCUAUUUCCAACAAUAGGGAUUAGUGCUUUUAUUGCAUUCCAGAGAAAUGAAAUUAAGGUGAUGUGGAAUGGCGAUUUUUAUGAUCAAGUCUUAUUGAAUCCUUGGAGACACUAAAUUCAAGCAGGUGAAAGAGAAUCAAUCCAUGUAUUAAAUAAAAAAAGUAAUGACGAAAUGGAACUACAAAAUCUUGCCGAUUAGGAAUAAUAAAAUUAAUAAACUCAACUCCUAAGAUUAUCAAGAGGUUAAAUUAAAUUACACAAUUAAUUGUUUUAAGGAUUAUUAGAUUGA